CAGGUGUUUCAACGCUCCGAAGAAGUGAGCUUUCCCAAUGAAACUUGUGUCAUGUAAUUCUAACAUGCCGAAGGUUAUUACUGUUGUAGUGGAGAAAUAUAUGACCUGAAUUUGUGUGGAAUACGGUUUGGCGUUGUUUAGAUGUUGUUUGUUCUGACAGGAAGCCGGGUAGCGAUGAGCGCCCCCUGCGGGUUAAUUUGCACCGCUGCUCGACGCUUCGCCCGGCAAAGUCCUGCUGCUGCUCCGCUGUGCAGGCUGCUGCUGGGCCCCGGGUUCUCAAACAGAAGAAAUAUGUCCUCCAAAAAACAAACGGACCACUUGGAGAGGACAGCGAGCAACUACAGACAAAAUGCGCUGUAUCCCGCCCAAGUCUGUGGAAUCGUGACCGAAUCGGAAACGGUAAAAAGACUGAGGAUAGCCGUGCACCCAGACUUCAGCUUCAAAGCAGGACAGUGGGUGGAUUUCUACAUCCCUGGUGUGGAGAAGGUGGGAGGUUUCUCCAUGUGCUCCAGCCCGGGUCUGUUGCAGAGGGAGGGUGUGGUCGAACUGGCUAUCAAGUACGCGAAACAUCCCCCAGCACACUGGGUCCACACUGUGUGUACAGUAGGCUCCCGGGUGGCCAUGCGUGUCGGCGGAGACUUCUACUUCGACCCGCUGCCCUCGGGUCCAGCUGUGGAUUUGCUGCUGGUUGCCGGCGGCGUCGGGAUCAAUCCGCUGUACUCUAUUCUGCUGCACACCUCGGAUCUGCUGCGCCUCAACCAGUCCUCUGCUGGUCGGCGCUUCAACAUCGGUUCUGCCCACCUCUGCUACAGCGCCAAGAACACCGAGGAGCUCCUCUUCAAGAGCUCCAUCAUUGAGAAAUGUGGGGAGUUUCCCAACAACUUCACCUGCAACUUUCACGUCACGCAACAGAGGGCAGGAGUCGAGCCGCACCUUCAGCCAUUCGUCAAAAGUGGGCGAAUCACAGCGGAGGAGUUGCAGGCGAACGUGGACCCACAAAGGACUUUGUGUUACUUAUGCGGACCGCCGCCAAUGAUAGAGGCGGUUUCAAAAACCCUCAUGGACCUCGGGCUCCCAAAGGACAGGAUCCUGUUUGAGAAGUGGUGGUAGGAGAAGUUGGAACGUUUGGUGGCCUUCAAAGGGAGGAAAUGCCCCUCUACACAUUCAAGGUCUAUGACAGCAUCCCUGAACUGCGAACUGAAUCAAAUAU